UUCUGAUUUCUAUUAUGAUAUAGUUUUUGUAUAAUACAUUCUUUUUGUAAAUUAAUUUUUCUUAUACUCCUCAAAUUUGUCUGAAGAAAUGAUUUUGCGUUGUUUUAGUUGCCUCUUAACCUGCAAUGGCUUUAUUCACUCCAUCAGGUUCUGUAAUGCAGAAGGAUUUGCUGACUUCAAGUGAUCGCUCAACGAGAUGCCAUCAAGCAUCUAUCUUUUCUCAUUCAACCAGCAGUGUUGUGAACUUGCUCUUUCUCGGAGCACAUCCUGUCACCACCAAUCUACUAUGCAAACCAUCAUCUUUGACAAGACAGCACGAAUGAGGCCAUUUUUAGAUUUACCCAUGAGUGGCAGCCAGUGCUGUUUAUUUGAUUCCUAGAAGUUUUCAGCUUCAUGUGGCAACAAGUUCUAGCUUGAUGAUGUCAGUGAAUCUCAAUAGUUUGUUCCAGAUAUUUUGAUUGGAAUAUUUGAAAUAGCAAUUGAGAUGAAUAAGAUUGAGAAGAAUUCACCGAGAAGCAAUAUGCUGGAGGGGUAUCUUAUGGUAACUCUGUUUGAGCCAUCAACAUCAACCAGGCUUUCCUUUGAGAGAGCUAUAAAAACGUUAGGAGAAGUUUUGAUUACAGAAGAAGCACGUGAAUUUUCUUCAGCCACGAGGAGAAACUCUUGAAGAUAUAACUAUAGUUGAAGGUUACACAGAUAUAAUUGUUUUGAAACACUUCAAAGGUUGAGCUGCUAGAUGGCAGCUUUUACUGCCAGUAUUCUUUUUUAUAAAAGCUGGGAUGAUCAAGGACAGCAUCCAACACAGAUACCUACAUAGGUGGGAUUUAGAUCCUGCAAUUGAUGUUCUCACUAUGUGCAUCUGCCACUUGCCUUCUUAUGAACCUUUGCGGAGUGAGGUCUUGCUUAUGAGGAAAGCUCUUCAGAGAUACCGUCACAUUUUAAAUGCUGAUGAGCAUUACAGCACUUGGCAAGAGGUAGAAGAUGAUUGUAAGAAAGAUCCUGAAGGUUUAGCACUAAGAUUAGCUGGUAAAGGGGCUGUUUUUGCUGCUUUAGAAGUUGCCGAAAGUGCAUCUUUAUCUGUCGAGUUGCGUAGAGAACUGCAAGGCCGACAACUUGUUAAAUUACUCACAACAGACCCACUUAGUGGUGGAGGCCCAGCUGAGGCUUCAAGGUUUCUUUCUUCAUUGCGUGACUCAGAUGAUGCCCUACCCGUUGCUGUUGGAGCUAUGCAGCUUUUACCUGACUUGCGCUCUAAGCAGCUUCUUGUGCACUUUUUCUUAAAAUGGAGAGUUGGAAACCUUUCAGACACUGAAGUUGCCCAACUUAACUUGUGGGCACUGGGUCUUCGUGUUUUAGCUUUACUGCCAUCGCCAUCCCAGCAACGAUGUUCGGCUUUGCAUGAACAUCCUCAUUUGAUUCUUGAAGUUACAUUGAUGAUGAAGCAUCUACAAUCAGCAUCAUUGAUAUUGAAAGACUUUCCAUCCUUGAGAGAUGACAAUCUAAUACUUGCAUAUGCUGCUAAAGCGAUUACUGUGAAUGUUGGUGCUGCUCAUAGGGAGACCAGGAUCUCCGUUUCAGGGUCUAGAUCAAAGCAAAAAACUAGAUCUGGCACACCAUCCAUGUCAAAUUUUGCAAGCAGUAUUGGUAACUGGCAAAGAGAGGCUCGCCGGGCUUUUUCGUGGACGAAUCGUGAUAAUGCGCCCAAGAUUCCUCCAAAGGAUGUUCAUCGAAAGAGAAAGAGUUCAGGAUUUAUGCAUUCUGAUAGAGUUGCUUGGGAAGCAAUGUCAGGUAUCCAGGAGGAGUGUGCCACAGCAUUCUCUGCUGAUGGACAAGAGAGGAUUCCAUUUGUCUGCAUUGCUGAAGAAUGGGUUCUCACUGGUGACCCAAUUAAGGAUAAUGUUGUUCGUGCUUCUCAUAGAUAUGAAACUUCUCCUGAUAUUACACUUUUCAAGGCAUUGCUUUCUUUGUGCUCUGAUGAGUUGGCCUCUGCCAGAGGUGCUCUGCAAUUAUGUAUUUCUCAGAUGAAGAAUGUGUUAUGCUCCCAACAUCUGCCUCUGAAUGCUUCUAUGGAAACUAUGAGCAAAGCAUAUCAUGCAACAGAAACUUAUGUGCAGGCGCUAGGCUAUGAAAAAAGUCUGUUGAGAAAACUGUCUGGAUCAAGUGAAUUUUCAAGCAACUACGAUAAAACUCGGGAGACAGAUGAUGCAUCUACAGACACUGCAAGCUCAAGUAGCGGAAGUCAGUAUCCUGAUGAGCUGUCUGAACUUCUCGGACAAGCAGACAUCUGGCUAGGACGUGCAGAGCUUCUUCAGAGUCUUCUUGGAUCAGGAAUAAUUGCUUCUCUUGAUGAUAUUGCUGAUAAGGAAUCUUCAGCACGUCUGCGUGACAGAUUGAUCGUCGAUGAGCAGUACAGCAUGGCUGUAUAUACAUGUAAAAAGUGCAAGAUCGAUGCUUUUCCGGUAUGGAAUGCUUGGGGCCAUGCCUUGAUUCGGAUGGAACACUAUGCUCAAGCACGUGUUAAGUUCAAGCAAGCUCUUCAACUGCAUAAAGGUGAUCCUGCAGCUGUGAUCCUCGACAUCAUUAAUACUGUGGAAGGAGGUCCUCCAGUGGAUGUUCCCUCCAUAAGAUCAAUGUAUGAACACUUGGCUAAAAGUGCACCGACAAUCUUGGAUGAUUCUCUUUCUGCUGAUGCAUACCUUAAUGUUCUGUAUAUGCCAUCGACUUUUCCACGUUCUGAAAGGUCCAGAAGAUCUCAAGAAUCUUCAAAUGGUCCAUCUUUAUAUCCUAUUGCUGAUUUUGAAGAUAGUCCUCGCAUUUAACUUGACAACAUCAGAUAUGUUGAAUGCAUUCACUAUUUACAAGAAUAUGCUCGUCCAGAAAUGCUUGCAUUCAUGUUGAAGCAUGGUCACUAUUAUGAUGCUUGCUUGCUGUUCUUUCCACAACAUUCUCUACCUUCACUCUCUCUGCCUUCACCACAUGUGUCGACAGCUCCUUCCUCGUCUCCUCAAAGAGCUGAUCCUUUGGCAACCGACUAUGGAACCAUUGAUGACUUGUGUGAUUUGUGCAUUGGGUAUGGGUGUAUGGUUGUUUUGCAGGAUGUCAUCUCAGAAAGAAUUGCUUCUGCACAUUUAGAAGAUGCAACAGUGAGCCAGUAUAUAUCUGCUGCACUCACUCGUAUAUGCAACUACUGUGAAACACACCGGCAUUUUAAUUAUCUCUACAAGUUUCUGGUUAUUAAGGGUGAUCAUGUUGCUGCUGGUCUAUGUUGUAUUCAAUUAUUCAUGAAUUCUUGCUCUCAAGACGAAGCGAUAAAGCAUUUGGAACAUGCCAAGAUUCAUUUUGACGAAGGAUUAUCAGCACGACAUAGAGCAGCGGGCGAGGCUACUAGAGUGGUUUCCAAGUCUGUUCGUGGAAAGAGUGCCUCUGAAAAGCUAAGUGAAGAUGGGCUUGUAAAAUUCUCAGCCCAGGUAGCUAUCCAGGUAGAAGUAGUGAAAUCCCUCAAUGAUUCAGAUGGACCUCAGUGGAAGCAUUCUCUAUUUGGAAAUCCAAGUGAACCUGAAACUUUUAGGAGAAGGUGCUUAAUCACUGAGGCACUUGCUGAAAAGCAUUUUGACUUGGCUUUCCAAGUUAUUUAUGAAUUUAACCUCCCAGCUGUUGACAUCUAUGCUGGUGUGGCAGCAUCCCUUGCAGAGAGAAAAAAGGGCGGUCAAUUAACAGAGCUCUUGAAGAAUAUAAAGGGCACAAUAGAUGAAGAUGAUUUGGACCAGGUUCUUGGAGCUGCCAUCAACGUAUAUGCUAACAAGCACAAAGAACGGCCUGAUCGGCUCAUAGACAUGCUAAUUAGCAGUCACAGGAAAGUUUUAGCUUGCGUUGUUUGUGGCCGUCUAAAGAGUGCUUUCCAGAUAGCUUCCCGAAGUGGAAGUGUUGCUGACGUUGAAUAUGUUGCACAUCAGGCAUCAGUUGCAAAUGCACUGCCCGUGGUUGACAUGUGCAGACAGUGGUUGUCAAAGUACAAAUUUGGCGUCUAGCUCCUGGAAGUAAACACAAGGAUGUCAUUAACUUGGUGGAAAAGAUGGUUGCAUGAUCGACAAAUGUUAAGGAAACAAGAAGUUAUUGAAGCACCAUAAUAAAGGAGGGUGGGGCAGACUUUCUGGACCGAGAUUCUAAUCGAGUGUUUAUUUUUGCAGGUUGUAAAUUCUUGUAAGACAUGAAUAGCUGUUGUAAUGGCUAAUGGCUCGUAUCUGUAUCAAUUGCAGGAGGGUGGGGCAGACUUUCUGGUCCGAGAUUCUAAUGGUGUUUUUAUUUUUGCAGGUUGUAAAUUCUUGUAAGACAUGAAUAGCUGUUAUAAUGGGUUGGCUGCUAUUAAGGAGCGACUGUUUCAAGCCAAACAAGGUGGAAUUCACCCGAUUGAAAUGGAGGCAGAAGUGAUAAGCUGAAGCUUCCUUUGAGGAUGCACGAGUUACUGAUAUCCAAAACUUAGGAUGUACAAAUUACUUUGGUAAUAUAUUAUCUUUUCUUAAGACAGGUGUUUCGCUAAAAAUUAUGUGACACUCAAUCCAUAGCUUUGAAA